UCGGUAUAGAUUCAACAUUUUUAAAGUCGCCAUUUCAUCUGACAAGCUGUGGCUUGACCAAGAUUGUCAAAAUUGAUGAAACUGCCUUCCAUUAGUUUGCUGCCCGCAGGCUUCUUCCAAUGGUCCAAUGGAUCGAGAUGAUCUCUCAGACCAGCUGGUCAGUUUUUGCGAUCAGGACAUGAUGGGUGACACGCCCAGCUUCUUGCCAUCCCCCAAUCUUCCUUCGCUCCGUGACCCACCAGCAGAAAGCAUCUACACGGAGCUUCGGACUGUAGAAGGCGAGGUGGAUGGCUCGGGUGUUUGGUUCCCUCUUGGGAGGAUGCUGGAGGUUCCCGCUCCGAUGAUGACCAUGACUCCCAUUUUGGAGCCGCUGUGCUGUCCUGGUUUGAUGCUGCCUUGUUGCCAGGGCCUGUCGCUCCCCUAUGACUGGCAUGAAAGUCCCUUUGAUUAUCAACUGGAGGAAGAGCCAGCAAUGAUGAUGACACAACCUACAAUCGGACAUGCGAACAAGAAUAUGCCACUAAGAAGUCAAUUUCCUUGUGUUGCUGCCCCACCGAAGUCCCCCACAGCGCUAGGGGAGCGUGAAGACCGACAGGAUAAAAAAAGUGAAAAGUACGUCAAGAAGCCCCUAAACGCCUUCAUGCUAUUCCGGCAGGAGCAGAGGCCCAAGGUUGUCGCCCUGCUCAACAUUCGAAACAGCGCUAACGUCAACAAAGUGGUUGGACAGAUGUGGAAGUCGCUGACAAAAAAACAGCAAAGGAAAUACUAUGAGCUCGCCGAUGCUGCCAAACUAAUCCACACACAGCAGCAUCCCGAUUGGUCCUGCACUGAAAACUAUGGAAAGAAGCGGAAGAGGCAAAGGGUCAAAGUUAAAGACAACGGUCAAGAGGACACGUUCCAGGCCGCACGCCCAGACGCAGCAAGCAACGAGACUCAUGCAAUAAAGCAGGACAGCCAUCCUAUGGCGACCAAUCCACAGUUGAGAGUGAUGCUGGAGGUGAUGCUUUAACCCAAGCGCUUUUGGUGUCCUUAUUUUUUGUUUCUUCAACAUUCAAUAAAACACAUUUGAAAUGUU